AUGGAGAGGCACAGACGUGGUGUCAGGAAUCACCAUGAGGUAGGCAGCGCUGGCCACAGAGAGGCUAGGAUUGAGUGUCAGUUGUGUGGUAAAACUUUCAAAGGUCUAAGUACGCUGAGGUAUCACAUCAUGACACACAGUGGUGUUAAAGAUCAUGAGUGUGAGGAGUGUGGCAAAAAAUUUAACACUAAGACAGCCCUCACUACACACAUCUGCACACACAGCAGUGUUAGAAAUCAUGAGUGUCAGGAAUGUGGAAAGAAAUUUACCACAAAGGGUAACCUCAACGCACACAUUUUGUUUCACAGCGGCGUUAAGAACUAUGAGUGUGAGGAGUGUGGCAAGAAAUAUACCACAAAGAGUAACCUCAAGACACACACUCUGAUUCACAGCGGUGUUAAGAACUAUGAGUGUGAGGAGUGUGGCAAGAAAUUUAAAACUAAAGCUGAACUCAACUUCCACACCCGGAGACACAGCCAGGAGUGUGGAAAGAAAAUUAAAACUAAGGCUGGACUCAAUAGACACAUCCUAAGACACAGCAUUAUUAAGAAUUGUGAGUGUGAGGAGUGUGGCAAGAAAUUUAAAACUAAGGCUGAACUUACUAAACACACUUUUAGACACAGCGCUGUUAAGAAUUUUGAGUGUGAGGAGUGUGGCAAGAAAUUCAAAACUAAGGAUGAACUCACCAAACACACUCUGGGACACAGCCAUGUCAAGAACCAUGAGUGUAAGGAGUGUGGCAAGAAAUAUAGAACUAAGUAUCAUCUCACUAGACACAUCCUGACACACAGUGGUGUUAAGAAUGAAGAGUGUCAGGAGUGUGGAAAGAAAUUUACCACAAAGAAUGGCCUCUUGCAUCACACCCUGUUACAUAGCGGUGUUAAAAAUUAUGAGUGUGAUGAAUGUGGGAGAAAAUUUGCCUGCAAGGCUAACCUUAAUAGCCACACUGUGACACACAGUGAUGUCAAGAAUUAUGAGUGUGAUGAGUGUGGCAAGAAAUUUAAAACUAAGAAUGGAGUGAAAUUGCACAUCCUGAGACACAUUAGUGUCAAGAAUUAUGAGUGUGAGGAGUGUGGCAAGAAAUUUCACACAGUAUCAGAGCUCAUUAGACACACCCUGAUACACAGUGGUGUCAGGAAUCAUGAGUGUAAGGAGUGUGGCAGGAAAUUUACCUUAAAGAGUAACCUCAACAGACACACCCUGAUACACAGUGGUGUCAAGAAUCAUGAGUGUCAGGAGUGUGGCAAGAAAUUUAAGACUAAAGGUGACCUCACCAUGCACACCGUGACACACAGUGAUGUCAGGAAUCAUGAGUGUCAGGAGUGUGGCAAGAAAUUUAAAACUAAGGCUUCCUCAGCACACACACCCUGA